CAUCUUCCAAACUUCCAAAUUUACACCAAAAUCUUCAAUGGGAUUUCCACAAUUCUUUCAAUAACCAUGCCUUCAUCAUUUUCCGGUCUAAAAACCGGUUUAUUUCUACCAUACAUUGUUUUGCUUAUUUACUUUACCGGCUAUGGGUUAGCCAGCACAAUCUCAUUCAACUUUCAGUCGCUUAAUCUAAGCACGUUAAACCUGUUAGGAGAUGCUCAUUUGGUCAACACCAGUAUUAUGCUAACCCGUGAUCUCGCCGUCCCAAACUCCGGAGCCGGAGGGGUUCUGUACAAGAACCCGGUCCGGUUCAGGAGAUUGGGAUCGAGAACGUUAGCGAGUUUUAGUACGUUCUUUACGUUUUCGAUAUCGAAUUUGAAUCCAGACUCGAUUGGUGGCGGGUUGGCGUUUGUGAUCUCGCCAGAGGAUGAGGCGGUUGGGAAACCGGGCGGGUAUUUGGGGAUCCCGCCCGGUUCGAUUGCGGUUGAGUUUGAUACUUUGAUGGAUGUUGAGUUUAAGGAUGUUAAUGGGAAUCAUUUGGGUGUGGAUUUGGGGUCGAUGGAGUCGAAGGAAGUUGUCGAUUUGGACUCGGUUAAUGUCGAUUUGAGAAGCGGUGACUCGGUGAACUCGUGGGUCGAGUUCAACGGGUCAACUCAGCAACUCAAUGUCUCGGUUUCAUACUCGAAUGUGAAACCGAGCUCACCGGUUUUGUCGGUUAGAUUGGAUUUGAACAAUUACUUGAACGAGUUCAUGUUUGUCGGACUCACCGGGUCGACUCAGGGCUCCACCGAGGUCCACUCGGUGGAGUGGUGGACUUUCACCUCAUCUUUUGAUGAUAAUCCACCACACCCACCACCUCCCACUGCCACUUUCACCAACCCGGCGGCUGACUCGGUCGACUCGCCAACGUCAUCACCGACCAUGGCCCCGACCGAGUCAAACCCGGUUCCGAGUCACCGUUCUACACAAAAGAAGAGUAAAUGUAAUAACAAAUUAUGUGAACAAGGGGCAGGGGUGGUUGUGGGGGUGGUGACUGCAAGUGCAUUUAUUUUAGUGUUGUGUACAAUCUUUUUAUUAUGGGUUUAUUCUAAAAAAUAUAAAAAAUCCAAAAAACCACAACCUUUUGCUAGUGAAGUUAUAAAAGCCCCUAAAGAAUUCUCAUACAAAGAGCUUAAACAAGCUACUAAAAGUUUUGACCCGACCCGGGUAAUCGGGCAUGGGGCAUUUGGGACUGUUUACAGGGGGGUGUUAUCGGAUUCCGGCGAGAUUGUCGCCGUGAAGAAGUGUAGUCAUAGCGGCGGUCAAGGGAUGUCCGAGUUUCUAUCGGAGUUGUCGAUAAUCGGAACUCUUCGACACCGGAAUCUUGUGAGGUUACAAGGUUGGUGUCAUGAGAAAGGGGAAAUAUUGUUGGUUUAUGACUUGAUGGCAAAUGGGUCACUUGAUAAAGCGCUUUUCGAGUCGCGAAUCGUGCUGUCGUGGGUUCACCGUAGCAAGAUCUUGAUGGGUGUGGCGUCGGCUUUGGCUUAUUUGCAUCAAGAAUGUGAGAAUCAAGUUAUUCAUAGAGAUGUGAAGACUAGUAACAUUAUGUUAGAUGAAGGGUUCAAUGCAAAAUUAGGUGAUUUCGGGUUGGCCCGAAGAAUCGAGCAUGACAAGUCACCGGAUGCCACGGUGGCCGCAGGGACGAUGGGGUACUUAGCGCCCGAAUAUUUGUUAACGGGCCGAGCGAGUGAGAAAACCGACGUUUUUAGCUUUGGUGCGGUGGUGUUAGAGGUGGCUACGGGGCGGCGCCCAAUCGAAAAGGAAGCGACCGCGGCAAAAACAAGGGAGAAUAGUAACUUGGUAGAGUGGGUAUGGGGAUUGCAUAAGGAAGAGCGGUUGUUGACCGCGGCGGACCCAAGGUUGUGUGGGGAGUACGACGAGGCGGAGAUGCGAAAAGUGUUGUUAAUCGGGUUGGCGUGUUCGCACCCUGACCCGACGGUUCGACCCACCAUGCGGACCGUGGUUCAGAUGCUUGUGGGUGAGGCUAAUGUGCCUGUGGUUACAAGGGCUAAACCAACUAUAAGCUAUAGCACUUCACAUUUGCUAUUGAAUUUGCAAGAUAGUGUGUCUGAUUUGAAUGGAUUAGUUGCUAUUUCAACCUCCUCAUCGGAGCAUAGCUACAAUGAAGGUGGGUUGGACUUGGUUUGACCCGGUUGAUCCGGGUCGGGUUAUAUAGGAUUGAGUUAAUGUAGACAUAUUAUUUAUUAUUGAUUGAUUUGUUUAUUUAUUGUGUAAUAUAAUUGAUGUAAAGGACAAUAAUGAGAAGCAUUGGGUAUUGACUAUAAUUGAUGUAUUGGACAUUUUUCCAUUAA